CUUCCUGUCAAGUGUCAUCAGUCUGCUAACUGUUGUCAUUUACGGUACAUUUAGAUCUGGUUAGCGGUUUUCGGCAUUUUUUUCAAACUAAACUUUUAUUUCUUCUGAAUACACAAAAAAUGUCCUCAGAUAUAACAGAAAUUGGCGCUCAGAAAGUAAAAAGCAUUGCAAAUGGAGAGGUAGUAGAGUUGAAGUCGUUCUGGGAGAACCAGAAUGUCGCUAUCAUCUUCUUCCGCCGUUGGGGAUGCAUGUUCUGCCGGCUUUGGGCUAAAGAGUUGGGCGACAUAAAGCCUGUUUUGGACAAACACAACAUUAAGCUAGUCGGGAUCGGAGUUGAGGAGGCGGGCUCGAAAGACUUCGUCGACGGAAAGUACUUUGAUGGCGAUUUAUACUACGUGGAGAAUAUUUCUACGUACCAGCUGUUGGGUUUUAAACGGUUCAACCUGGUCACCAUACUGACUUCACUAUUCUGGAAGCAGUCGAGGGAAGCUAUGGUCAAGGGACGGGCUAUGGGCCUAGAAAACGAUCUAAUUGGUGACGGAUUACAAAAUGGCGGCGCGUUUAUAAUAAAAGAAGGCGGGAAAACAAUAUAUCACUUCGUGCAAAUGGCGCCGGCUGAUUAUUUCACUGGCGCGGAUAUAUUGAAGCACUUCGGCUUGGAGAACGAAUACAAUCCGGAGACAAUGGCCAACAAAAAACCCGAACCUGCAGAAUGCACUACAGAAGCUAAGCCUUAACUGGAGAGCAUUGCUGAAGGAUCGCGCGCUGGCACCGAUCCACACAAUAUGGACAGAGAGGCGAUGUAAACGCACUUGGGUUUAGUUUGGUAUCCAUUGAUGGUUUUGUUUUAUUUAUAUGAUAUGUAUUUGUAUUUGGAGGCUAUGAUACGUCGGCGAUGGAUUCGACGUUAAUAAAAAAGAUAGAGUAUUUUUGGAAUAUAAAAAAUUGCACAGCAAUAAUAGGGUUAUAUAAAAAUUGUUAAAUUAAACGUAUUUAGGAUAGUGAUGGGUCAAAUAUGACCCGGUAAUGGAAUGUAUGGGUAAUUUUUGACCCAUUUGUAAUUGUUUUUAAUGGAUAGCAAAGCUAAAUAUGGUCAAAUUUGCAAUAUAAUGAGAGUGGUAAAGUUGGUUAAAAAUGGUUUUCAUACCAUUAUUUUUCCUAUGGAACUUAAAUUAUUAGUAGGAUAAAAAAAUGCUGUAAAUUUUAAAUAAGAAUGUUUUUUUCAAACGAUUUAUAAUGAGGCUGAGAAACCUGCAUAUGGUAAAAAGCGGGUUUAUGAAAAAAAGAGGCUUACUGUUACUAGAAAG